AUGAACUGUGAAGCACCUGAUUGUGAUGGUCUGAUUUCCCAAUACUACCCUCUUCCGUUUAAAUCCAUGCAAAAUAAGAUCAGUAGUCAAACAUCUUUACAUGGACUGGUAUGUAUAUGCGCCAAAUUUGGCAUUUACGUUUACAAAACUGAGCUAGUUAUAUGGAAUCCGUUAACGGGCGAGUAUAAAAUGAUAGGCAAACCCAAUCCUCACAUGGAAUCAUCUUACUUUUCAGAAGUAAAAGCAUUAGGAUUGUAUCACAGCGGCAUGUUUGAUGAUAAGGACUACAAGCUUCUAACGGUAUCAUCUGAUCGCAGUGUUCACAUAUACUCAUUGAAAUCCGACUCAUGGACAAAGGUUGACUCAUCAGACAACUAUCAAACUCUUUCCGACUUAGAAUUUGGACGGGAGAUGAUUAAUAGUAGUACCUGGUUCAAUGGACAUCUCUAUUUCCUAACAGAACGUUUUGCAGUUCUAAAGUUUGACACAAAUGUGGAAAGGUUCACCAUAAUACCAACUCAUCCCUCUUUAAACGAUUUUGACGUUAAGAGGCUGACGAAGGAUGUUCAGAAAGGCGUUAUUCACUUGGGUGUCCAUUAUGAAACCAGUCAGCAUCGGACUGCUAAAAAGGCCCAUAUCCAGUUGUGGAAGAUGAUAGAAGAUGAGAAUUGGGAGAAGAUUGGAGUUUCGUUUAGAAUUGAUAUCUCUAUGCACCCAUUUUCCUGGUUAAGGAACAAAACUUGGCUAAUGGUCGAAUCAGUUCAAAAGGAAUAUAAAAGGGGAUAUGGAAGGGAAUAUGAUAAAGAGGAAAAGUUGCAUAAAGUUGGUUACAACAAAAGUUAUACCAAAGGCAAAAACUGUGUAACCAAUGCCAAAAGCGCACCGAUUAUUAGCCUAUACGACGGUCAUGCAAAAGUGAAUUACAUAGAGUCUUUUCUGUCAAUUGAUGGAUCAAUAUGA